AUGACAUCCACAGAGUGCCAGGCUCGCUGCAGCACCAACCCCUACGGCAAUGUGGUGGAGGCCUGUGUCAUCUACAGCCACAUAGCACUGAAGGUCAUCAGGUUCUUCCAGCUGGAGGCGCUCUACCCGCUCUUUGCGUCCACAUCAUCCACCUGGUCCAUGAACCCCCGAGCCAUCUAUGCCUCUCGCCUCUCACCCAGCACCUAUCUGGUCAUAUUCAAAGACUGCCACAGCCAGGACAGCAUGUACGUGGCCGCAGUGAUGUAUGGCAAAGGGACACAGGAAGAUGGAAACCAAAGCUCCUUGGGGGAAUUCAUCCUGCUAGGGGUGUCUGACCGGCCACGGUUGGAGCAGCUGCUCUUUGUGCUCAUUUUAAUCUCCUACACCAUGACCUUGCUUGGAAACACCACCAUCAUUGUGGUCUCAUGGCUAGACCCUCAUCUCCAAAAACCCAUGUAUUUCUUCCUCAGGAACCUCUCUUUCCUGGACCUCUGCUACACCACCAGUGUUGGCCCCCAGAUGCUGGUGAAUUUCCGAGGCACCCACAAAUCCAUCUCUUGGGCUGGCUGCGUGGCCCAGCUCUACAUCUCCCUCUCACUGGGUUGCACCGAGUGCCUCCUGCUGGCCAUCAUGGCCUAUGACCGCUAUGCCGCCAUCUGCCAGCCACUGCGCUACAUGGCCAUCAUGAGCCACCGCUUCUGCCUGCAGCUGGCAGCCACCGCCUGGUUGUGCGGCUUCGGCAACUCCACGCUGCAGACCAUCCGGACCCUGAGGCUGCCCCGGUGUGGGCGGAACCAAAUCGAUAACCUCUUCUGCGAGGUGCCGGCCCUGCUCAAACUGGCAUGUGUCGACACCUCUGCCAAUGAGGCCGAGCUCCUCGCAGGCGCCGUGAUUUACCUGCUGGUCCCACUGGGCUUCAUCCUGAUAACCUAUGGCUACAUAGGCGCCGCCGUGCUGAAGAUUCGCUCAGUGAAAGGCAGGCUCAAGGCCUUCAACACCUGUGCCUCCCACCUGGCCGUAGUGUUGAUCUUUUAUUGCACGGGCAUUUCCAUGUAUCUACAGCCUCCAUCCACCUACUCUCAGCAGCGGGGCAAAAUAGUCGCCCUCUUCUACACCAUGGUGGCCCCCAUGCUCAACCCCCUCAUCUACACUCUGAGGAACAAGGAGGUGCACAGGGCGCUGCAGAGGGCACUGAGGAGAAACAUGACCGCCCAGGGGGUCUGA